AGGAAUAAUAUCUGUCUUCACAGGACUUUCGCAUUCCCAUGAUUCGCUAACUCAGCGAUAUAUUCUCGUCUGCCUCCCUCGCUCAAUUGCAUUUUUCUCAUCUAUGUUUCUCAGGUAUCCCCCCACUUCUUUGGUUUCCUUCAAGUGUUGUGGAUGCGGUGAUGCAUACGUUGCGGACUCCGCAUACGAAGGUCAUGGAGUGAUUAUAUUCGCCUCAUCCACUCUGUCUUGGUAGGAUAAUACUGCAAUGCAAAUUUUGAUUUUCUGUCCAACAUUAGCUUGUUUCUUGGAGAUGUAAACCGAAUAAGUUGAUCAAAAUCUUCUUCGCUGGGCUCGAAUAAGUGGAAUAUCAAAGAUGAGACAACUUCUGAUGCCGGCGCGGGUCUCCUGUACCUGUAGCCGGCUUUGCAGUUGCUGUCGUUUCUGAUCGUCUCACAGUCUUCUGGAACGAUUCACUCUUACCGGGACAGAAUGUUGACGAAGCGCGUCAACACGGGUUCUGGUAUGCCCUCGAGAGGUGUACGAGGAGGAGAAGCCACGACUCUUUCACUCUCUGGUGCUCCGCGAACAUGGUUCGUCAUGGAGAUGAUGUUUCUUCUCUUUCUCUCUCUCCUGGACGUGACGGUGGGGCGAACGUGUCCCGGGAAGACGUAUGGGCCAAACGACUUCAUCGAUGCUGAUUGCACUGUAGUGGAGGGAUUGCUCAAGUUCGAAGGUGCUCUUGAAGUUUCUAGUUCGAGUCUUGGUAUCCUGUAUGAUAACAGAUCCAUCAUCGUCAUUCUUCAUCAUACAACUCUUCUUCAUGUCGGACAUUCAUCCUAUCUACUGUCUACUCUCUCACAAUUAUCUCACAAUUAAUAUUUAGGCGCCAGCAAUAAUUCUUUCACCAGGUAUCUACGGCCUGAAGGAGAUCCAGAUGCCCAGAUUAACACGUGUCUUCGGAGGACUUUUCAUCGUCGACUGUCCGGAUUUAGAGUCCGUGUACUUCCCGGUACUAGACAGGGUGGAUCACCGACUCGAACGAUCCAUCAUCCUCGAGAACAACGGUUUGGGCUACAUCCUCACCACAACACCGCCACCGCAAGUCUACAAAACAAGUACUACGACUACGACAAGCACUAGCACUGCCACGACCGAAGAACAAGCAGCUGCUGCGGCGGCUGCCGAGGGAGAUGGUAGUGGACAAGCGGUAGGAAGUGCUGGUGGCAUGCUGCGAGCAUUAGCCGAUCCAGCUAUGAAAAACCCGGUGGAACGUGUACUGCGACAGCGAGGCACCGGACACUACAGCACAACAGUAACCACGGAGAGCCUUGCAAGCCCAAGCCCUACAUCUACCCCACAUCUGGGAGAGGAGGACGAUGAGGACAUGCUUAGUAGGCCGCCAGGAGUACAAGAAGGCGAAGCUGGUGCAUCAUCUUCUUCCACUGAAAAACUGAAUAUACCAGCGGAACCAGAUGAUGCCACAAAAAGACAAAGAAAAACAUCAGCAAGCGAAGUAGAAUCAUCUUCCUCUUCUACUGUGACCCCAAAGCUAGCAAGCGAAGUAGAAUCAUCUUCCGCCUCUACUGUGACCCCAACCCUUUCAUCCCACCCCAACCUUCGCGGAAUGCAACAACUCGGUCUCACCACUGAGAAAGAGCCGUGGGGUCAAUAUCGACCCUCAUCACGCCAUUGGCUACAUCAGAACGGAAACCCUAUACCGUAUUCUAUGAAUCUGCCGAGAUUGCUGUAUUCCAGUAACAACAUCGAAGUGAACCACAACGGGAAAAUCCGGUUUUUACUACUGGCAUACAGCAAUAUUCCGAACCCUAUGGCAGGCUACUACGGUGUACGACCGAGCGACUACAGAGAAGUGGACUACAUUUUAUGAAAAAAAAUUAUCUUGCUGGUAAUUGCUGAACAAUUUAGAGUGUUCACGUCGUCUGGUCGUAGUUGUUAUCGAUUUCGGGUCAGACGCCUAUGAUGUUGUAUCCUUCGGGAACUACGAGCUGCUGCACUACACACCCUUACUUCUUGUCCUGAUUUAUUGUUCUUUCACAACUACUUUGUUCUUGCUCUAAUCUCCCUCGUCGGCGAAAACACAGCAGACGGUGUGCCAUUGACUCUGACGAACGCGUUGGUGAGUACGCCUGGCGGUUUCAUGACCACAGCGACGGCGACGCCUCUAGAUCUCGCUUCCAGCUUUUUCGGCGACCAAGGCCCUCCCGUUGACCCCGACGAAACCACUACACUGCCACCAACCACAACGACCACGACAACGACGACAAUGAACGGCGCGUUCAUCGGGUGGACGACCAAUGACAGAAGCUCCAUUUUGAUCAGGCACAAUCUGGACCUGCUGUUUGUGAAUGUUGGUGGACGGAUCAAGGGGCAGAGCUUUAUCCACGAAAACCCAGUGUUGCGGUCGAUUUCCUGCAGCGGCAUGACAGAAGCGAACGAGUUCAUCGUCAUUCGCGACAAUCCGCAGUUGAACGCCAUCGACUUUCCAGUUCUGACGCGGUUGGGUGAGGCCGCAGGAGAAUCGUUGCAUAUACUGGAUAACGUUAAGGCUUAAUAAAAUUUGAAUUCAUGAUUUCCAGCGGUCUGUCAUUUUCUCCUGCUUUUCUCUUGGGAUUCUGAAGAAACGGACACUUCUUGUUUUGAGCUGCUCUAAUAACGGUUUAGUCCAGACUUAUCUCGGCUACAUGCGCUUCCCGGCUUUGCAAGUGGUUGAGGGGACAGUGAGAAUACUGAGGAAUCGGUGGAUGGCUACGUUCGAGUUUCCGGUCGUGCGGGUGCAAGGCCCAAGCAACAACUUGAACCUGUUUCGCGACGCUAGGCGCGCGUUGCUGGAAGGAAGGAUGACAGAGAUUCUUACGAAUCGCGAAAAGUCGAGAAACAAGAAGAGGAGGAGGAAAGGAAUUGAAGAAGGAGAUGAUCUUCACGAAGACGCACUUACUAGAAGUAGCACACAAGAACUGAUCAGCAGUAGUUUGUCUUCAGGAGCAGCAAUCUCGAUAAGCAACAGUCAGAACGUCAUCAAAGACCUGUCUGGAAAGGAAGGAGCAACUACUCCAUCUUCUGUCAACCACCUUUAUGAUCAAGUGCCUUCUCCUAUCCAUCCGCCAGAGCCCUAUGACGAGACAGCAGACGAUGCUGACCUUCUUCCAGAAGAUGGAGGACUUGGAGCAGAGGCAUCAUCUACUUCAGUUCGGGAGUUACAGAUAGCUCCACCGAGUAGCAGUCGCGUCUUGUCACUCGAAGUCCGUGAGAACUACAGACUGUUCUACAUGAAGUACGCCGGAUCGCUAGAGGGAGAAGUACAGAUUCUUAGUAACCUUAAGGCUGCCGCUGACGCAUCCUCUGAAUGGUUCCGGUCUUUGGUAUAGCCUGAAUUUGAUCAUAAGGGAAAACAAGAAGAGAACCCUUGUGAUCAAAUUCAGGUUACCAAAUACCACAACCAUACAUCCUCAACACCAUCCUUGGCUUCUUUUUCAAGGCGAAAAAGGACGCAGGGAUCAUGGGCUCAAGGAUGCGACGUGGUAGCUCUAAUAACCAGGAGCUGAUUAACAUGGACUGGCCAGAUUUGGAGCACAUAAAAGGCCGACUUUUGAUCGACAACAAUCGCGGUCUACUGCGCAUCGCCUUCGCGAACUUGCUCAGUGUGGGCGACAGUGGAGACUGGAGCAUCAAACUGCUGAACAAUGGCGAGGGUGGCGCCACACCUGUUGGCGUGACAAAAUGCGAACGACUGCAAUCUUUGUCGCGUGGUGUCCUGAUCAGUGGAAAUAGGAAAUUCGAUCGCUUUCUGUUUCCGAAACUGCAGUCCAUAGGAGAAACCUUGGGUAGUUCCGUUUUCGUCCAGGACAACAGUGAUCUCACUUUGCUCGAUGUGAAGGGCGUGACCGGUGGCAACGUGGUGGUGCAUGACAAUCCGAAGUUAGAGGAGCUCCGCUUUGACGGUCUGCAGCGGAUUGACAACGGAGCGGCGCUAUUUGUCACGGACAACACGAUGCUCCACACGCUGCAUUUGACCGCAUUGGAGGAAGUCACGGGGGAUAUCAUCAUUAAGGCAGAUCAUGAUGAUGAGGAAAACCUUUGCAAUGUUGGCUUAUCGGCUUACUCUGGAAGUGGUAGAAGUACGUAGAUUGCACUCAUGUUCGUUGAUUAGAGCACUAAAAAAUUCGUAUGAUACUAAGACUGAAGUAAUGUUGUAACAGUGGACUUCUUCAUCUUCUAAUGUUAUCGGCCGCAACGGAGGUCUCGCGCAACGUCAUGGACAGCUGAAUGCGCCAGCUCUAGAGCGCCUUCACGGCAGAAUGCGCAUCGAGCAGAACCUCAACUUUGGCAACUUGGUGUUUCCCCGAUUGACCUCGAUAGGAGAAGCGGAUGGUGAGAGUAUCGGAAUCUUCACGAACAUCAAUUUUCAGUGUUGGGACAUCAAGUUUCCUUCCUUGCGUAGCCACGGAGGCUAUAUCAGGAUGAAGGACAAUUUUAUGCUGGACCAGAUGGAAUUCGAGCUCUUGAUGGGCUGUGGCGGCGCGCAAGCGGAUCUCGGAGCUUAUUGUCCUAGUUCGCGGUUCUUCUGUGCGUUGAGGCAGAGCUUUUUACCGCAAGUGAACAGCGGGAUUCCUGCUUUAAACAUCUUAGUUCCUCUGGAGGUCACCCUAUUGUCGGACAUGACGAGCAGUCAGCUGUUUGAGCUUGAAGCUUUGAGGCGCAACAUCGAAGCUGUUUUCGCCAAACAUUUCCAAACGGAUUUCAUCCGAACGAAGGUCCUGAGCUAUGCAAUCACGAAUCCACUCUUGAAAUCGGACGGAACAGCAGCGAAGAUACAACAAGCUUCAACUCCGCCGCCAUCUACCUCGUCUUCUACUGUUUCUAGUACAACAAGUAGUGAAAGAACAGUAGUUGUUGGCGCGAAAGCGAAUGUCACUGCACAUUCGAUCCGAAAUCUUGCUGGAGAAGAAGUUGUCAUGGGUGAACAAGUUGCAAAAUCUCCAUCGCAGAACGUGGUCCACCUAGAGGGCGCGUCCACAUCAAAGAACGUGGUCCACCUAGAGGGCGCGUCCACAACCACAUCAUCUCAGACACUAAAGAAUGAAGAUAAGGCUGCAUCAGAAGAAAAAGGCCUUACUGCUACUAGUACUAGUCUGGCAGAGACAGGAGUAGGCGGCGAUGGUUUGUCGUUUGCUCCUAGCCGCGCACCGGAACCAGUGCUGCGAACUGGGGAAAUACAUCAGAAUGUCCAUGCUAGCAGUACAAGAACUUCUCCUGUGCAAGAAGCAAAUGCACUGCCGUCCAGUCGAUCAUCUUCUACGACGGGCACCAGUCUUGCAUCGAAGACUCCUGAGCAGCGGCAACUUUCCCUAGGGCAGGUUGCGCGCUUACUCGACUUGCAAUUGGAGGUGAUCGAGACCAGCUCGAUGGAACUGCAAAGGCUCUACGCUACCAUUGUCACGCUCACGGCGGCCAACUACGCUGCGAUCGCGGCUGACAUGCGCGUUGAGCUUGUGGAGCACAGUGGUGUGAUGCAAAUUGUGUCUGUGGGCAAGGUCAAUAUCACUGGCAGUUUCGGACUAGAGGGCAUCACACAACCGCCGAUUCCGGAAGGGGUAUACCUGGACACGACUGAGCUGUUGGGCACGACCGCAGCACCACUACGACCAGUGACAGAAGACGGAAGCGCAGCGUCGGAGAGCGUACUUCCCCUAUUUUGGAAGUAUUUUGCAUCGUGUCAAAAACGGAAUCCUAGAAGUCAACAUGGUAAAAAUAAAGUAUCAAGAUCAUGUUAUUAUCCUCUAAAAAGUACAAUCAAGAUUAUCUUCAUCUCGCACUCAAUCAAAAAUAUUGAUAUUCAGGACCUCACUUUAUUCUGGAUCAUCGGUGUUCUAGUCCUCCUCGGCGUUGUCGGGACUAGAGGGUUUGUCCAUUUCGCGAUGCAAGCCGCGGUCGAGGCCAGCACUCUCCGCGACGAAGAAGCGGAAAACGACGCAGCAGCACGAGAAGCUCUAGAAGAAGAGCAACGUGCGGAAGUGGAACUCGCAGAAAGGAAGAAGCGAAUUCUAGUGGCCAGUGGGUCGCCUAAGAUCAUGAACGAUUUUGAGCGGCAAGCGUCAGCGAUAGAAGAGCAUGAAGAUGCGAUGAACCAAACGAUGGGGGGAAUGACAUAUCAGACGACGGUGUCGAUUAUGGUCGGAUUCAUAAGGAUGAGUACAACUACUGUAGAAACCGUGGGGCGCCCUCACAACUUCAACAUCAGAGAAAUUCGUAGCACUCAAAGAAGAUUCAGGGAAGUCGUAGGUCCAAUCCGAACCGACUAACGUCGUCACUCGAUGGGAAUUUGUUCGUCUUUCUUCGUUCGUCCACCUCAAGAACAUGACAACGCCCGUCAACAUUUAACACUCCCUCUUUGUUAGCACCUAUUCUUUUUCUAAUCCCACCGAAAAGAUGAUGAUAGAAGACGUCGACCCCCAGUCUCCGACCAACGGCCAGAUCGUCCCCUACUCUCCGAACUCAACCCUCUACCGCAGUACAGAGAGUCAGCUGGCGAAAAUGUCCUACCGCUACGAGGAUGGACGACGAGUGGAGCCCCAAGACUUUGGCGAAGGAAUCAAACUAGCUCCUGGUCUUUCACCGAGUCGCCGCGUAGUGGGAAAUAAGGUGAAAGUGGCGCAUAAAAAGAAGACCAAUCGGGGCAAUCCUCAACAUUUCGCCGAGUUCUUGGAGUCGAGGAUGCGUCAAGCGGGAGAAGAUGAAUCAACUAUUUAUAGAACGGGGUGAAACUCUAGUUUAUAGGGCAGGGUGUAAUAGUUAGAUCUAGGAGGAAGUAGUUUCAGUGUAUCUCACGAACAAGAUGCAGAAGAUGUCAUAUGAAAUUAAAUGUCGCACAUUCGUUUUGUCAAAGGAAAUCAUACUUGCUUCACAUUUGACGUAUUGAGACAAGAAGGUCGUAGUUGUAAUACCAGUGUAGAUACAUAGCACGAGCACGAGCAAUAGAACAAGUGAAUAGUGUGAUUUGAUAAAAGUAUGCAUAUUAGUGUAACAACAGCUAGUGAGCUUAACGUACUUAUCAAUACAAGUAGCAAGUAAUUCUGCUUCACCAGUAAAAAAUAAGUCUAAAAAAAUCUUUCAUGCAGAUCGGUUUUGCUACGACAAUCAAAAUAGAAAAUGUAAUGACAGUGACGUCAUCAUGUAGCAAUAGAGUGCACAAUUUAGAGCUGAACUACCUUCAAGCGGAGUAGCUUGAAAAAAAACGACUGUCUGUCAUGAGCUAGAGCUUGUACACGAAUACAUAGAACAUCAACAUCCGAGCUAACAGAUCAAGGUUUUCUACGUAACACUAUCAAACGCAGACGAAUAUGAACAAGAAUCGAUUCCAUAAAUUACUCGUACAUCCCAGAAUAUUCGCAUGCCAAAGUACAUCCCCGGUCCGUUCUGGUUCGAGAAGAAACGCAAGCGAAUCCAGUCACUCCCUGGUGCCUCAACAUGUCAGCUGCGCGAUAAUUUCUCCACCAUCAAGACCCAUUCCCUAUAUUCGUAGAUCAUUCUCUUUCUCACACCUUCCUACAUCAUUCUCAUACCUUCCUGAAGCUGAAUGCUCAAUUACGAUUUCUCAUUCACCA